AUGCGUUGGCUCAACAUCGUUCAAGCUCUCACUAUUGUGCUGCUCUCUACUACGGACAUCGUGGCAGCUUCGGGCAACAAACUGUCGACUAGUACCACUGCUACUGAUGGACAUCGCCAGCUGCGAUCGCUCGCCACUACCGACCGUCAAGUCGACGAUUUGACGGACGUCUCGGCGACCAACGAAGAACGACUGGAGACACCGAUCCUGAGAUCUUUGGGAGUCGACCAAACGAACGAGGUGGUAUCUCAAGCAGCCCAAACAGCCGACAUUCCCCCCGGAACGGAGGUCGUCAGCAAGUACUACGGAAAUGGCGUGAAACAGAAAAUCGGGCGUUGGUUUCACAAGUUCGUCGGCCAAGGACCGGCGCGGCGACUCCGCAAAGCGUAA